AUGAAGCAGAUCAUAAAGGAGAUUAGUUUGAAUGGGGUUGACUAUACUUUAGUAAUUUCGAAAUACCAGGGUAAUUCCUCCAUUACUAAUUUAACGCCCACAAAUAGUAUCACGCCCGCAAAAGUUCAAUCUACUCCGAUAACAAUCUAUAUCAACGAGGCUGAAAACAACUCCAUUGGCCAAUAUAUUUACACCAUUCAAUCAUAUCUGACUUCAUUGAAUCAAGCUCAGAAUGAUGAUUAUAAUAAUGGUAAUUCAAUCGAUAGUUUAAGUUAUUUACUUAAUAAGAAGCUCCAAAAUCCGGUAUAUCUCAAUUAUAAUGGUCAUAAUUACGAUACUACUUUAACUUUACCCCUUUUUAAUGAAAUUAUUGCAUCCAUUAAUUCUAUAUAG